AUGAACACCUCACAGCCGGUGUCUUCGUCCCUCGAAGGCGUUCAUUUCGGCUUCUUGACUUCCGCCGACAUUCGCGCCCUCUCCGCAAAGAGAAUUACCUCCUCCGUCACCUUUGACAGCCUACUGAACCCCAUUCCCGGCGGUCUCUACACAUCAGAGCUCGGACAGUUUGGCGAUAAUGCUUGCACGACGUGUGGUCUCAAGACCCCCCAAUGUCCCGGUCACUGUGGUCACAUCGAGCUGCCUGCGCCCUGCUAUCACCCCACCUUCCUCGAUCAGACUUUGCGAUUGUUGCGAGCGACUUGUACCUUUUGCAAUCGAUUGAAGCUGGGCAGAGCACAGGCAAACAAAUACAUGUGUCGCCUGAGAUUGGUGCGGUUUGGUCUACUGAAGGAAGAGAAAGAGUUGGCCACCACCUCGGGACAAAGUGCUGGGAGCAAAGGCGGCGCUGCGGGCGCUGGAGCCGAUGCCGAUACCGACGAUGAUUCUGGGGAUGAGAAAGAUGAAGAUGCGCGGCACUGGAUCAGCAUCUACGAGUCAUUCGUCAAUCGUGCCGUCGCGGACGCGCGAAGAGAUGGCACGCUCAACUCGGAGAAGACGGAGGCCACCGCUAUUGCUCGACAGAGGAUCAUCUCGGAGUUGAUCCGAGAUAUGACCAAAUCGAAAAAAUGCAACAAAUGUUACGCCAUCAACCCGACAUAUCGAAAAGAUCGAUUCGUGAAGAUUUUCCGGAAACCAUUGUCGGAGAAGGAGAGGCUGAAGAACAUCCAAGGCGGGCAUGUUGCCAAAGACCCUGUGCUCGAGCGAAGAAAGCGGGCACUGGCUGAGGCGAAGGCUGGCCAGAAGAGAAAGAGAGAUGACAUCGACGAGGGCGUGGCGGACAUGGACGGUGUUUCAGAAGAAGACGAUGAGGGCGAUGAUGUGAACAUGGAUUCGAGCGAGGACGAGCCUGAAAUUGCAGGUGGCAUGGUUGACGAUGCUGCUGGCGAUGGGAAGGUUGCAAGCGCAAAGACGAAACAAGCCGAUGAAUACCUCAAUCCGCAGCGGGUGCGAGAUCAGCUGGAGGUGAUGUUUGAGAAUGAGCAGGAGCUUCUACGUCUUGUCUACGGAGGCAGCCAACGAAUAGAAUCAGAGGAGAAGAGCAAAUCCCCUGCACCUGCAGUCUCGGCAGACAUGUUCUUCGUCAACGACAUCCUGGUCCCACCGAAUCGGUUCCGACCAGAAGCGAAGACAGGCAACAACGAGAUCGCCGAAGCCCAGGAGAACACGCUCUACAAGAACAUUUUGAACAUCAUCGACACCAUGCACCUGAUCCGCCGAGAGAUGAAGGGAGAGGUGGCCCCCCGCUACCGAAAGCGAACCGAAGUCGACUUGGAAAACGCAUGGGUGCAGCUGCAAGAUGCCGUCAACUCCAUGGUCGACCGAGAUCGCAACCCUGUCACUGGUGUAGCCGGCCGCAGAAAUCCAGACGGUGUCAAGCAGAAGCUCGAGAAGAAGGAGGGCAUGUUCCGCAAGUACAUGAUGGGCAAGCGUGUCAAUUUUGCCGCGCGAACGGUCAUUUCUCCCGACCCGAACAUCGAGACGAACGAAAUCGGCGUCCCGCCAGUGUUUGCGGUAAAGCUGACGUAUCCGGAGCCCGUCACGCCUUGGAACGUCGAGGACCUGCAAGAAGCAGUGCGGAAUGGGGCAUCUGUCUGGCCCGGCGCCGUCGCCAUCGAAAACGAGAAUGGAUCGGUCGUCAACCUGGCGAGGAAGAGUGCCGACGAGCGUACGGCGUUGGCAAAUCAAUUGCUGGCCCCAUCCACAUUCACUUCUGGUCUUGGCGCUCGCGGCACGAGGCCGAAGAAGGUCCACAGACAUUUGAACAACGGCGACAUUGUCAUCAUGAACCGUCAGCCGACCCUCCACAAGCCAUCGAUGAUGUGUCAUCGAGCACGAGUACUGCCCGGCGAAAAGACGCUCCGCAUGCACUACACCAACUGCAACACGUACAAUGCCGAUUUCGAUGGUGACGAGAUGAACCUGCACUUUCCCCAGAAUGAAGUGGCGCGAGCAGAGGCAUUGAGCAUUGCUGAUACGGAUCACCAAUAUCUUUCCGGCACGGCUGGAAACCCACUGCGUGGUCUGAUUCAGGAUCACAUUAGCAUGGGAGUCUGGUUAACGAAUCGCGACACCUUAUUCGACCGAGCAGAGUACAUGCAAUUGUUGUAUGCCGCUCUACGACCGGAGAGUGGACAUUGUGCAAACGGCAGGAUCGAAACGGUGCCGCCUGCGAUCUGGAAGCCGAAGAAAUUGUGGACGGGCAAACAGGUCAUCACCUCGGUGCUGAAGAAUGUCACCCCUAACACCCAUCAGGGACUUACCAUGUCCGGGAAGAGCACGACUGAUGUGCGCAUGUGGGGAGCGGAGGGCAAGGAAGAGAGUACUGUGAUGUUCCAAGACGGGUACCUGCUGCAAGGAAUCCUGGACAAGAAGCAGAUCGGUCCUUCGGCCGGCGGAUUCGUCAACGGCGUGUACGAGGCUUACGGUCACACUGUUGCAGGACGACUUCUGAGUGUUCUCGGACGACUUUUGACGAGGAUGUUACAGACGAGAGCGUUCAGCUGUGGCGUGGAGGACAUUAUCUUCACCGCAGAAGGGGAAGAAAGCCGGAGGAAGGCCCUGGCUGGCGCAGAGACAGUCGGCCUCGAAGUCGCAGCGAAGUACGUCAGUCUGGGUAAAGAAAACCCAGGAGCGCACGAUCGAGAACUGCGACGACGCCUGGAGGACGUACUCCGCGACGACACUAAACAGAAAGGGCUCGAUCAGCUUACAAACAGCGCGACCAAGGACCUGUCUUCUGCCGUCACUCAGGCGUGUCUUCCAAGUGCACUGGUGAAGCCAUUCCCCAAAAACCAAAUGCAAGCCAUGACUGCAUCCGGGGCAAAGGGAAGCAGCGUCAACGCGAAUCAGAUCUCGUGUAACCUCGGGCAGCAAGUGCUGGAAGGCAGGAGAGUGCCGGUCAUGGUCAGCGGCAAGACUCUGCCGUGCUUCAAGCCGUUCGAUCCCAGCGUGCGAGCGGGCGGGUACGUCGUUGAUCGUUUCUUGACCGGCGUGCGGCCGCAGGAAUACUUCUUCCACGCCAUGGCCGGCCGUGAAGGUUUGAUCGACACGGCGGUCAAGACUUCGCGGUCCGGAUAUCUGCAGCGCUGUCUGAUCAAAGGAAUGGAAGGGCUACGGGUGGAGCACGAUACGUCCGUUCGCGAUACCGUGGAUGGGACUGUGGUGCAAUUCCUAUACGGCGAGGAUGGACUGGACGUUGCGAAGUCCCAAUACCUCACCAACUUCAAGUUCGCCGCGGAGAACCAUCUCAGUCUCUUCCACUCGUUUGGCAUGCGCGAUCACUUCGAAAAAAUUAUGAGCGAGGAGGCGGCUGAGUAUAACAAGAAGGCGGAAAAGAAGUACCGCAAGACUGGCGAUUUGGCUGCUGCAGAUCCCGCUUUGGCCGUCUAUCCCCCGGCGAGAUUCGCAGGUAGCACAUCGGAGAAGGUGUACAGGGCUGUGAAGGACUACGCAGAUGAGAACUCCGACAACCUUCUUCGGGACAAGAAGAAAGGCAUCGAAGGCGUCGGCGUGACGAAGAAGAACUUCCAAGCCAUUCUGGACGUGCGAUAUCUUAAAUCCGUCGUGGAGCCCGGUGACGCUGUGGGCGUGGUGGCGGGGCAGAGUGUCGGGGAGCCAUCGACGCAGAUGACGCUCAACACUUUCCAUUUGGCGGGUCACUCGGCCAAGAACGUCACCCUGGGUAUUCCGCGCUUGCGGGAGAUUCUCAUGACGGCCGCGCGGGCGGAGAGCAUGGCGACUCCCACCAUGACGCUGACUCUCAAUGAGGAGAUUGGCGUUGAGGAUGCGAAGAAGUUCGCCAAGGGCAUUUCCAAGUUGAGCCUUGCGGAGGUCAUCGACAAGGUGACGGUAACGGAGAGGCAGGGCAAGGGCAUUGCUUACGACGAGGCGAAGAUGUACGAGGUCCGAAUUGACCUGUUCCCGCGCGCGGAGUAUGAGAAGGAGUACGCCAUCAGUGUGGAGGAUGUGGUGGCGACGAUUGAGCACCGCUUCCUUCCCAUCCUGCAGACUGCAACGAGGAAGGAGAUUCGAAAGCGUGGGGAUGAGAAGAGUUUGAAGGCACAGGUUGGGCAGAGUGUGGGGACUGUUGAGCAGGAGAGGAGUCGGCCUGAAGGCGAGAGAGAAGGCGGUAACGAUGAUUCCGACGACGAAGGCGACGAUGAUGCCACCAAAGACAAGGCGAAGGGCAACAAGCAACAAGCGGGCUACGAGGCGAUGGAGGACGACGACGAGAGAGACAUGGCCAACAAGAAUCAACAGGCCGACUCAGACUCCGAGCCGGAAGACGAGGCAUACGGUGGCAGUCAACGAUCCACCCCAGAACCCGACGCCGCAAGCCAGGCGAUCAAAUCGUCUGCCCAAGAUCGCGAGAACCGCAUCAAAGGCAACAAAAAGACCAAGGACGUGGUGCAAUUCAGCUUCGACGACGUCAAAGGCGACGCCUGCACCUUUACGAUGGAGUACGACUCGACCACCACCAAAAUCCUCAUGCUGCACCUCGUCGAGCAGGCCGCGCACAGGGCGCUGGUGCAAUCCGUCGAUAACCUUUCGACGUGCAUGCUCGAUGAGCAAGCCACAGCCCUCAACAAGAACAUCCCCAUCCUCGCGGCGAGCGGAGUCAACGUGCGCGCCAUGUGGGACUACCAGCACAUCAUCCAUCCGCACCACCUCUACACCAACUCCGUGCACGACAUCCUGCGCAACUACGGCGUGGAAGCGGCGCGCAACACCAUUGUGCAAGAGCUGCACGCCGUUUUCGGCGGGCACGGCAUCUCCGUCGACGUGCGCCAUCUCACGCUCAUCGCGGACUACAUGACUCGCAACGGGGAGUAUCAGGCGUUCAGCCGGAUGGGCUACCGCGGGAACACGAGUCCGUUUAUGAAGAUGAGCUUCGAGACGACGCUGGCGUUUUUGAAGGACGCGGUCGUGGAUGGCGAUUGGGAUUGUUUGAAGAACCCUAGUUCGCGGAUUGUGGUGGGGGCGUUGGGGAAGAUGGGCACGGGCGGGUUUGAUGUCUUUAUGCCGCUGGCGGAGAAGGAGGCGGAGCAGGAUGGCGAUGUGGAGAUGGAGGGGUGA